UUAAUAUAUAAUAUAAAAUUAAAAUAUGGCAUUGUAUUCAAUGCAUUCAAAUUUAAUUCGUCAAGUGUCGAGAACGUUUAUAAAAUCCACAAAAACAUGUUAUUUAGAAUAUUCUAGAUUAGCCGGUUCAACUACUCGUAGUUUCCUAUUACAAAAAUGUCAUUCAAAUAAUAGAAUUUUACACGAUUACGAACGUCGAUUGGUAUUUCACAGUUUUAGACAUUUCACUUCCAAAAAUAAUAAUAAUGAUGAUGGAAAUCGUCGUGACGAAGAUGAGGUUGUCAAUAGUCACCCACAUUUACCAGCCACUGUGGCUGUUCCUGAAGUAUGGCCUCAUGUACCCGUCAUAGCCAUUCGAAGAAAUCCAGUAUUCCCUAGAUUUAUAAAAUUAAUUGAGCUAACUAAUCCACAACUAAUCAGUUUAGUACGACGGAAAGUGAAAUUAAAUCAACCCUAUUGUGGAAUAUUCCUUAAAAAAAGUGAUGAAAAUGAUUCGGAUGUAAUAACAAAACUUGAUGAAGUAUAUUCGGUAGGAACCUUCGCACAAAUACAUGAAAUGCAAGAUCUGGGUGAUCGUUUACGUUUGGUUGUAAUGGCUCAUCGUCGUAUCAAAAUCACUGGAUUAAUCAAAGAUAUGGAAAUAGAAGUUGUGCCUGAAAUGAAACUUACAUUUCCACUAUUAAAUUCUCCAUCUUCAUCUAUGAACGUCUUUAUAGACGAUAGUGAUCCGGAAAAACGAAGACGUAAAAGACUUAGUUCACGCCCGAAAGCCGCCGCUGUAAAACCAGAAAUUGAAUCAGUUAAAAAAUCAGAUAAAUCGGAAAAGUCAUUGUCACCACCACAAACACAAACAGAAACAACAGGGCAAACAGAACCAAAGAAAGACGCAACUAAUACAAUUCAACCUGUUUUAAUGGUUGAAGUUGAAAAUUUAGUACACAAGAAGUUUCAACAAACAGAAGAAGUGAAAGCAUUAACGCAAGAAGUGAUCAAAACUAUAAGAGAUAUAAUUAGUUUAAAUCCACUUUAUCGUGAAAGCUUGCAACAAAUGUUACAUCAAGGACAACGUGUUGUUGAUAAUCCUGUUUAUUUAAGUGAUCUAGGUGCUGCUUUAACUGGAGCUGAUGCAGCGGAACUUCAAUCUGUUUUAGAAGAAAUGGAUAUUCCCAAAAGGUUAAUGCUAUCUUUAUCAUUAUUGAAAAAAGAAUAUGAAUUAUCAAAAUUACAACAGAAAAUUGGUCGAGAAGUUGAAGAAAAAGUGAAACAACAACAUAGAAAAUAUAUUUUACAUGAACAAUUAAAAGUAAUUAAAAAAGAACUAGGCCUGGAAAAAGAUGAUAAAGAUGCUAUUGGUGAAAAGUUUCGUGAAAGAAUUAAAGAAAAAAUUGUUCCGAAAGCCGUUAAUGAUGUUAUCGAAGAAGAAUUAAGUAAAUUAAACUUUUUAGAAAGUCAUAGUUCAGAAUUUAACGUUACAAGAAAUUAUUUAGAUUGGUUAACAACAUUACCAUGGGGGAUAUCAAGCUCAGAAAAUUUAAGUCUUCAACGUGCAGCUGAAAUAUUAGAAGAAGAUCAUUAUGGAAUGGAAGAUAUUAAAACGCGUAUAUUAGAAUUUAUUGCUGUUAGCCAGUUAAAAGGAAGCACUCAAGGCAAAAUAUUAUGUUUCUAUGGACCACCUGGAGUAGGAAAAACCAGUAUCGCUCGUUCAAUUGCACGUGCAUUAAAUCGUGAAUAUUUCCGGUUUUCUGUUGGUGGAAUGACUGACGUUGCCGAAAUUAAAGGUCACAGAAGAACGUAUGUUGGUGCAAUGCCGGGUAAAAUAAUACAAUGUUUAAAAAAGACAAAAACCGAAAAUCCUUUAGUAUUGAUUGAUGAAGUUGAUAAAAUUGGCAAGGGAUAUCAAGGAGAUCCAAGCUCAGCUUUAUUAGAAAUGCUUGAUCCAGAACAAAAUGCCAAUUUCUUAGAUCAUUAUUUAGAUGUUCCAGUUGAUCUUUCGAAGGUAUUAUUUAUUUGUACAGCAAACGUAAUCGAUACUAUUCCAGAACCAUUACGUGAUCGUAUGGAAUUAAUUGAUAUGUCGGGAUAUGUAGCAGAAGAAAAAAUGGCAAUUGCCAAACAAUAUUUGAUUCCACAAGCAAUGAAAGAUAGUGGCUUAAAAUCAGAAAACAUACUCAUCAAAGAUGAUUCAUUACAAGAAUUAAUAAAACGUUAUUGUCGAGAAUCAGGUGUACGAAAUUUACAAAAACAAAUCGAUAAGGUAGUACGAAAAGUUGCAUAUCGUGUUGUAAAAGAAUCAGCACAACAUGUUGAAAUUACACCAGAAAAUUUACAAGAUUUUGUUGGCAAACCUGUAUUUACACAUGAUAGAAUGUAUUUAACAACUCCAGCCGGAGUAGUCAUGGGACUAGCAUGGACAGCAAUGGGUGGUUCAACGUUAUUCAUUGAAACUUCAACCAGAAGGCCAUACGUAUUAAAUGAAACUAACGAUAAAGAUAAAGCUAAACAAAAUAGUGGAUCAUUAGAAUUGACCGGUCAUUUAGGAAAUGUUAUGAAAGAAUCUGCAAAUAUCGCAUUAACAGUUGCUAGAAAUUUUCUACAUCAAGUAGAUCCUUCAAAUGAUUUCUUACUUUCCAAUCAUAUACAUUUACACGUUCCUGAAGGCGCAACACCAAAAGAUGGACCUAGUGCUGGGUGUACGAUAGUAACAGCCCUUUUAUCUUUAGCAAAAAAUAAACCUAUUCGUCAAAAUGUUGCUAUGACAGGUGAAAUUUCUUUAAUGGGAAAGAUUUUACCUGUUGGAGGUAUUAAAGAAAAAAUUAUUGCCGCAAAGCGAGUGGGUGUUAAUUGUAUUAUAUUACCAGAAGAAAAUAAGAAAGACUACAAUGAUCUUCCGAAAUUCAUAACUGAGGGAUUAGAAACACACUUUGUUAGCGAAUACAAAGAAAUUUAUGAUAUUUGUUUCUAAGAAUUGUCGUUAUGAUAUCCAUUCAUAAUAGAUCAUUAUAAUAAUGUUACGUUUAAAUACAUAUAUAAUUCAUUU